UGUGAAGUUUUCAUUUGUGGAAUGAAGAAUGUUUUUUUGUCCAAUAUCGCGAUUUAUUUGUUUCGAUGACGUGCUCUCUAAUACAAAAAUAUUAUUUUACUAGGAUAAUAAUUGCAAAUAAUGUGAUCUGGUCCUGAAUAGUUUAGCGGACAGUUUCCACUGUGAAUAUUAUUAAUAAGCCGGAAUUUAUAGGUUAUAAAGUCCGAACGCCAAUUCGUCAUCAAUUUUCAUUUGGUUAGCUGUUAUGCCAAACUUAUUUUUAGACUGUAAAAUCGAAUUAACGAAUCUUAAUUAAGUGUUACGAGUGAUACUGAUUAGUUUUAGCGGAACCUGAAGUGAGAAAAUGGGUCUAAUCAUAUCCAGAUUUCGGCGCAAGAAAACCACCACAGAAGUGCUGGAGACCCUCGAAACGAAGAUAAAAAGCAUCGAACAAGAUGGGCAGUAUAAGGAGCAAACCCACAAAAGGGUCAUCGGCUACGUCAUGGCGUAUUCCGUAGGCCUAUACGUGCUAUUCGCGAUAUUAUACUACUUUAUGUACGUGGGCAGGAGUCACCAUUGGCUCCAUUCACUGUUAUACGCCUCGCCGUUGCUGGUACUGCCUGUGUUAGUAAUAUUCCUACGAUCCGGUAUAUCCUGGUACUACAAUUGGACACUGAACAAGAAUAGAAUAAAACUGAACAAAAUGCGGGAAGAAAAGAAGAAAAUACUCGAAGAGGUCAUGAACACGGAAACAUACAAGGUCGCCAAAGAAAUCCUGGACAAGUACGGGAGCCCUGAAGAGCAGUCGAAAGCGUUGAAACCGUUCCAGCCGACCACAAACGUGCCCGGUAAACCCCCUAGCCCGCUAUCGCCAAUCCCAGCUACUCCAGGCCAGUUGAGACAGCGACAACUGGUGCUGCAGAGCUCCACGCCGAUAAGCAAUAACGUUGGCCAUGGAAACAACGCGCUUGCUGUUUACAACGGACCUAGACUCAGGUCGGAUCAGCUCCCGCGGCCGCUUCCUGACAGGAACCGGUCAGCGCUGGACAAAGUGGUUGACUACCUGCUCAAAGACGGUCCGGGCAACAGGAUGGCACUCAUCUGCCGGGAAUGCUCUUCGCACAAUGGCAUGGCGAUGAUAGAAGAAUUCGAUUACGUGUCCUACGCGUGUGCCUACUGCGGGAAGUUCAACGCGGCCCGUAAGCAGCGCCCGCAUGCCCCCCUACUAACGCCUGUCAGAGCCCUGCCUGCUAUACCUAGGAGGUCCUUAGGCGGCAGCGGAGACGAGUCUUCCAUCGCUAGCUCGGGCAGCGAGAGUGACGACGAGAAGAAAAAUGACGUUUCUAAAGUACCAACAGGCUCCGAACCGGAAUCCGACCGGCCCCCUUCCCCGUCAGAAGGGGACCCGAAAUCGGCCGCCGAGAAGAAGCAAGACUGAUCCAUACCACACCAGACUCAGGGUAUCCCGGGUAUCGGAUACCCUAUCGGUAUCCACGGAUACCCGGGGCUUAGAUUGAUAACGCCUAGAUGGAUUGUGUUCAUACAGCGCUUGGUGUAAAGUGAGGCCAAUGACGUCAUUGUAUAGUUCGCGCAACGAGUGUUGAGCCGAUCAACACAAUCAAAGAUUUGUAUCUGUCGCACUGAGCUCUUGCGUAAUUUGGCUGACAAGUGCUUUCUGUCUUGCUUGCACACUUAGCAAGAGCGAGCUAGUGUGUUCGAUAUUUGAACUUGAAUGUAUUGUGUGUGUUCUGUAUUCAAAUAUAACCACAGUGUGAGGUGAUCACAUGAUCGUCUCAACUCUUGCUGUGCGAUCUAUACAUAUAUUUUCACUAGUGUGUGAUUUUGACAACUGUCAGAACGUAUGAAAAAAUGAGACAAUGGUCUAGUUUAAAGUGCCUCGCUUUUCUUGUGUUAACUCGGUUUCUAGGCGUUAUAAUUCUAUAAAUUAUGUGAGCGGGGAUACGGACAUUAUGUGAGAAUGGAGGCUAUAAUAUCUUCUUUACACAAAAAAAUUAAAACCAACUCUCGCGAAAGUGACGCCGCCCUGGUGGCGGAAAAUGAAAGCCCCAUUUAGGACAUAUCCCAAUACCACAGCUACAUUCGUUUCGCCAAAGAACCGAAGUUAGCAGAGUAGUGUAGACACUUCGUAUUCAAACUUGGGCGCAAUACCCCCAACAAUCGGAAGUCGGGCGAGGCGAGGUUUGAAGCGAAGUGCGUGUCUACACUACCUUCUUCGCGAGUAGUGUAGCUGAGGUAUAACAUUCGGACAAUUGUGUGCGUUACAAUCUAAAUUAUUAGCAAAUUCUAGAUAAAAAAAUACGGGCGUGAAGUUUAGGAAAGUAUCAAAAUUCGGAUAAUUAGAAUAUAGGUUUGUGUCAAUCGGCUGUUUUAAAUUGGUAGCACAAUAUCCUAAGUAUAAAGAAUAUAAAUAAUUUGGCCUCAUAAUGGAUACAAUUCGGGCUAUACAAACCAGUUGGCGCCUCUAGCGAGAGGUCAUUUUACUUGAUAGUGGCGCCAACUGAUGAUCACUCAAACUGUUGGACAUACCAUAUUUGAACUCAUCAAUUGGCGCCACUGGCGAGUAAGGUCCUCUUAGUCGAUAUUGUCGCCAACUGCAGGUGAGCACUUAAAUGAGAGGAUCACUUUUGUAUUUUUACUACCAGUUGGCGCCACUGAUGUGUACCGAAAUAUUGAAAAGUUUGAAAUACAUUUGGAAUUCAAGUCUAGCUAGCUAGCUAGUCCGGUUUGGUGUAGUCAUGUGAUUGUGCUAGUUGUAAAUAGCAUCACGUUCGGUGUUCCUCCGCCAAUAAUCGAUAUACAGGGUGGCCCAGACCAGGAUAUUUUUUUGUUUAGAAAGUUGGAUUAGGGACCAAUCAGGCUCCGCAAGGAAAAAAAACGCUUCCUAUUCUUUUAUUUGAAUACAUGGAAACAUUUAUUUUUUGUUUUCUAAUGAUAAUUUCUUUUUUAUUGCAACUUGGACACUGUACUUUCUCAAAAAUCAUAAAACUCUAUCUCAAUUCAGAAUUUCAGAAUGAUAUGCAGCAAGAUAACUAUUUUGGAAGAGUGACUUGGUUCGAACUUUUUGUUGAGCUCGAUUAAUUAUAAAAUAAAGUGAUUCUCAGCACUUUUUUCCUGCUGGGAUCCUAUAGGUCCCUUUUUUUUCGGGGAAAAAUGCAUUAAAUUGCAUACCUACAGGACAGGGUACGACGAAGGGUCCUACAAAUCCUAUAGGUCCCUAAUCCAAUGUUCUAAAAAAAUGUAUAUAUCUGGUCUGGGCCACCCUGUAUAAACUUGAAAACAUCUGAAGUAAAAAGUUUACCUACAUUAGACAGCGUAUCAACUCAGAUUCUGAACCUUAUUUCAAAGACAAAAGACCCAUUUAGGAAAUUAGAAAAAAAUCUUACCAAGACCUUUUGGCUACUCUACAAAGGAUAAAUUGUAUAAAAAGAACCGUAACUAAAGCCCGGUCUGCGAGUACGUAGAAUUUUGUCCAAUGACCCCAAGCUACCUUUGUGCGACGGGCGGCAGCAGUGAGUGUGCGAGCGCGAUAACAACAUAAUUACGCGCGAGCGACAAGGAUGGGUAGCUUGGGUUCAUUGGACAAAAUUCUACGUGCUCGCAGACCAGAUUAUAGUUAUACAGAUGAAGCAAAUUAUGAUAAAAUAGAUGUGCUCAAAGAAAUCUUUUAAAUUACAAAUAAAAUACUUUUAUACGUCUUUGUAUAGUCGUCAGCACAUCAGACUAUUCACAAACGAUGCUUGCUGAAGUGAAGCAGCAAAUCGAACGCACAGCGUUGAAUAGAGCUCUAGUGAUUGGUUCGUGUGUCGCCCUGUGCGGCCACGCGCAGUGCGAGACCUCAUAGUAAUGUUUGUGAAUACGGGCCUAUACGUUUUCGUUGCUUUAACUACAUAAGAGUAAACUGCCAGUCAUUGGACACUUAAGAAAGUUAUUAGACAGUUAUUUACUGAAUUAAAAAUAGCAUUCUAUUUCAACAACUAAGAUUCCGACUGAUGGAGAUAAAAGGGCGUUUUUUUAAGGAAUAUUCAUUGUAUUUGAAGGAAUAUUCAUUUUAAGAAAAUUCAAGGGUUGUUUUGUCCAAUGACUGGCAGCGUCCAAUGACUGUCGGUUUACCUCAGUAUUUCGUUUGAUGUGCUGUGGUCUAUACGUGGAAAAGCAGUGAUUUUUGUAUUGUUAAUAAAUUACUCUACUCUCUACUGCAAUGGAAUAAACUAAUAAUAACGAGAUUUUAAUAAAAAAAAAACUUUUUUAGAACAGUAUUUUUGAAAAAAAGUGAAUAAUUAUACAUUUUAAAAUAACCAAAAACCAUUAACAAAACAAUGGAAAUUAAAAAAUAAUGAUUAUAAGUCUAGUAGGUACUUAACUCAGUCAGUGCCUGAGUUAUGGGAGCGGCAUCGGAGGGUGAUCGUGUGAUGGUGAAAUGUCAGCGAGACUUCAGAUUUGUAUGCCCUGUCAAGUCAUAAUGUCAAUGUCAUUUCUUCCGUGCCGCUCCCAUACCUCAGGCACAGACCGAGUUAAGAGCCUGGUCUCUGAGCACGUAGAAUUUUGUCCAAUGACCCCAAGCUACCCAUCCUAAUCGCUCGCGUGUAAUUAUGUUGCUGUUGCGCUCGCACACUCACUGCGGGCGCCCGUCGCACAGUCGCGAGUAGUUUGGGGUCAUUGGACAAAAUUCUACGUGCUCAGAGACCAGACUAUAGACCUAUAAAUUCCAUUGCAUUGAGUUAUUGAAAAACCGAAGCCGAACGAAAUCCAAAUUCGAACGUUGAAAAAUAUUAAUAAAUUAGAAACUUAAGUAUUGUCAUUUUUGUAAAAAAAGGGGUUAUAAUAAGUAAUUUAAAGAUACAAUUUACGUGCCUUGCUAUAGGUGGGUGUUCGCUUGUGUGGGUGAUCCCGUUUUUGGUGAAGACACGGGCCGCCACAGAGGUGCGAUUAGUCGUGCGACAAAACGCGGAGCAAAUGUGUUGAAUAGACUGACGCUUAUAUGAAAAGACUACAGUCACAGAUAUAAAAUUUUUGAUGAAAGACAAGUGAUACGUUAGCUGUAGUUUUGUGUAGCAUUUGUAAGGAAUGUAACACAAAGCGGGCUUUCUGUUUUUUACACUUGGAUUCGUGUUACAAAAUGAAGAUCAAAGUUCGGUUUAGACUCAAGCAUAGAUUCAUGUUUGUGAUUGACUCUAUAUCAGUAUUUAGUCUAGAGGCUUGAAUCUUUUCAUUAAUAUACUUUCAGGACUAAGAGCCGGUUUUUUAUGCUAUGGAGAAGCGUUAGCUACGAAUACGAAAGUUACGAAACGACCUAACUCCGACUAAAACUGUGGCGUAAUUUAGUAUGCGCUUGCUUUUGUCGGCAGUUGCAACUCUGUGGCGGUUCGAAAUAACGGCAUUGUAAUUUUUAAAUGUCUUCACCAACAACACUACGGAUCGCGAAACGUUUGAAAGUAUAUAAUUUAUUUUAUUUAUAAUCCACAUUUAGUUACUUGAAUCUGAUAGUUAUAUUUAGUUAAAUGCAAUAUUUACUUGGCUGGAUACUUAAGUUAAGUGCUAAUUUAUUACCAUUUUAUUUUAUUCUUCACAGCUUAAGUCAUCCCUUUAGAUGAUGCAAAGCAUGCUUUUAUAAGCAUGCUAUUGUAUGCUCCUAAAACAUGUUCAAUGAUCUACGGCUAAGUAUAAUUUGGCAAAAUGUAUCGCCCUUUUAUACUCAAUGCUUUUCUAGUCAGAUGCUCGUGGGUGAUUCAUAGACAAAUUUGUUGCAUUUAAAAAGCGAAUAGCAGUUUUGCCAGUUUAAAAAUUCAAAAUUGUUGCCAGUGAUGAAAAAUUUAAUCGCACUAUACCGAUUAUGUCCUCAAAAACAUAAUUUGAGAUAGAUUAGUAAAUUGUAGUUAUUUCUUACAAUACUUUUUGGUAAAAUCUGUACAAUUUAAAUAGUUUAGAUAGUAUUCAGAUAUUAAAAAUGAUUUUUGACAGGUUUAAAAUGCUUCCCUUUAUCAUAAGUAUUUUUGCAUGUGGUUUCAAUCGAUUUGUGUAAAAUUUCAAAGACAAUAUUAUAAUAAUUACAAUGUAGUUUUAAAUUAAAUAAAUAGCUGGACAUAGGAUCAUUAUCAAAUAAUUUAAUUUUGGUUUGUUUUGUGUGUAUGUUAUAUUUCAAUAUUCUGUGUGGAUUAAAUUAGAAAUAGUGGAAACAAACAAAAAUUCUAACAUUUAAGUUGUAUUCUGUUAUUUAUAAUUACUAAUAACCCAUUUUGCUUGUUGUUUAUUUGGUCAAUUAUAACAAAUUAAUGUCCGCUCACUGAUAGAUGAAUGGUUAAGUUUUUUCAAAGUUAUCAGUCAAACCAUUGACAUUAAAUCAUAGACAAAGAUCAAUUGAAGUGACAUUUUGUCACUUUUUAUUUGUGACAUGGCAAAUCUUGGUUUGCCAAUUGUUAUAUAGCCUGACCAGGAACAUAAAAACCCUGGCUUAGAGGCGCGUCAAUUGCAUUUGAUAGUGCAACACUGAGUACAGUCGUACCUGUGUUAAAUUAAUAGGCUAACUUUAUGUAUCAGGAAUCAGGAUUACGGGCUAAUUUAAUAUUUUCAUAAAUUAACGAAAAAAUAUUAUUAUAGGUAACCUGGUUUAAAUAAAUUAAAUGAAACCAUCAAUCGAGCUAGUAGGAUUUACUUUAUUAUUCAUCAAUAAUCAAUCAGAACUUGAAUAUUCAACUGCAAUGUCUGCUCAUGAACGCUUCAAACUCGGUACUUCUUUCCCAAUUCCAUAAAAUUCAACACUUAGAAAGUGACAAAAAAUUUUAAAAUUGGUAGUUGAAACAAACCACAGCUAAUUUUCAUAGUGGACUGUACUAUACGAUAAACAUGUCAGUCAAUUUGACAACCUUUGUCGGAAACAUUAUUCAAUGAAAAUAUUGUCCGAACCCUUAGUAUUUCUCUUCAACAAAUACUUUAACACAUUGUGAACCACUUUUCUUUCACGCCUAUAAAAAGAUUUUAGCAAUUUAAUUCACAAAAUCAAUUGCGCACAUUUAAAAUAAAGUUUGUUUACACUUUGACAGCAAUAGAUUGACAUGUAAGGUGACAUGACAAUGAAGUUUUUAGUUACUGUUGCCAUUAUAAGAAAUUAGUACCAUUAGUUUUCCGCAACAUGGCGAGGGUUUUUAUGUUCCUGGUCAGGCUAUACCUUUCAAAUAUCAAUUGACCCGGCAUUUUUUUGUUUUAUUUGAUGAAUUUGGUUUUAACAGAUCCCCAUACAUUCCUUUUGGUGUGAAUUUAAUAGAAUGAGGUGUCCGUUUUAUUCUAAAAUCCGCUUUACACUGCCGUAAUAGUGAUAGGCAUUUAAUGACAUUGAAAAUCUAUAUUUUCGACGUGUAAAAAGUUGUAAAUCAAUAACCAAAUAUUUAGGUGUCCCUUUUUAGGAAUAAAGACAGUCUACUUAUUUCCAGGUUUUUGUAUCAGCUCAUCAGCUGACAGUAAAAUUAUGUGCCAGAAUUAUGUUUUCACAUGAUUUUUAAAUAUUUUUGAAGUUGUCAUCCUUGGUUUUGGUAUAGCUGUUGUCAAUUUUCUACCUUGUAAUGCCUGGCUUUCAUUGCAAAAAAGUCGCAACGGAAUAGUGUUUUUUCGUGCGUUAUUUCAGUCGCAACUCUGUGGCGUAAUUGUGAUGAGAGUCGGACGAUUUGCUGAAGAAUCCUCAUGUUGUUGUAAAUAAUGAGAAAGUCAAGCGAAUAGUGUUGUUGAAUUUGUUAUUUAUUGCUUGUAGCGUUGAUUAGCUAUUUUAUAAUGAAACUAAUAUACAAGUACCCAGUUAA